AUGGAUAUACCACAACCGAUCCUGAAAGUCGUCGCCGUGGCCCUCUCAGUCGGCAUACUCGUUGAGCUCGCCGUCCUAGCAAAGAUCGUUGGCUGGUCUCACGAAGAGCAACUGGAUUGGGACCCGGACACCGGCCGCUUCAACCCCCUCAACAACGACGAGGACACAGCCGAGAAACAUCAGCCACAACGAGACACCCGGAUGCCCCCGGUAGACCACACGCUCUGA